UAUUUUUCGAAUGCUUAAAAAACCUCAGUAGCAAAAUUAAGAAUAUCAAAUCAAGCCAAAACCAAGAGAAAAAUUCAAAUCUUCCAAAUGCAGAGAAUUAAUAUAAGAAAUAUUAUAAUAAAAAUUGAAGACAGGAUCAUAUCAAGAUGUAACAACUUAAUCCAAAGACAUUGCAGAAAACAUUAAAAAUAGACUUAAAUAGCAAUAUACUGUCACAAGCAGAUAUAAGUUUAUCGUACAUGUUUUAAUUGGUCAAUAAAGGGGUAAUUAUUGAAUUUAAUAUAUUAAUCAGGCUAAGGUGUGAGAGUUGGUUCUAAAUGCUUUUGGGACUAUGACACAGAUAUGUGUGUUUCUGAAACAUUCAUAAAUGAUUCAUUAUUUUGUUUGGUAACAGUCUAUGCUGUCUACCUUUAUUGAAUUUAUAAUUUAUAAUAUAUAGUUG